AUGAGUAAAGCUGUGAUUUUCCUCACUGGUCAGCGGAACGGAGAUGUGCUGACGGAGAACAAACAUUUCAUCUUUGUGCAGGCGAGGAGGCUACGGCAGACCGCAAACACAGCCAAGGUGUUCCUGGAGGUGCAAGAUGAGAACGACCACCCUCCCGUCUUCUCCAGGAAACUGUACAUAGGCGGUGUGACCGAGGACGCCAAACUCUUCAGCUCUGUGCUCAGGAUCGUGGCCAGCGAUCCAGACACGGGGAACUUCAGUGCCAUGGCGUACCGCCUCAUCAUACCCCCUACGGCCGAGGGACAGGACAGCUUUGUCAUCGAGACCUACACCGGCAUCCUCAAGUCGGCCAUCAUGUUUCGAAACUUGCGCAGGUCCUACUUCAAGUUCGAGGUCAUCGCCACCGACGACUACGGCGAGGGUUUGAGCAGCAGCGCCGAAGUGGUGGUGUCUGUGGUCAACGCACUGGACAUGCAAGUCGUCGUGUCCACUGUCCCACCCACUCUGGUUGAAGAGAACAGGGAACAACUCAUAAGCAUUUUGGAGCGGCACGUCCAGGACCAGAUCCCGGGCGCCAAAGUGAUCGUGGAGUCCAUCGGACCACGGCGUCACGGCGACGGCUUUGAGCUGGAGGACUACAGCAAGUCGGACCUGAUGGUGUACGCCAUCGACCCGCUGACCAACAGAGCCAUUUCCAGACAGGAGCUCUUCAAAUUCCUGGAUGGGAACGUUCUGGAAAUCAACAAGGAGUUCCAGCCCUACCUGGGCGAAGGCGGCCGAAUCCUGGAGAUCCGCUCGCCGGACAUCGUGGCGAGCGUGAAGAAGGCCGCCCAAGCCGUGGGCUACACGGAGGGAGCUCUCCUGGCCCUGGCCAUCAUCAUCAUCCUCUGCUGCAUCCCUGCCAUCCUCAUCGUCAUGGUUACCUACAAGCAGUGAGUACCCCCCCCCCUCCCCCGUGAUCACCAUUCCAAUAGCAUCAUUUCGGA